UAACCCCUGUUGCUGCUGCUUCUUUCUUUUUGGCCACCGCUCGUACACGCUGAAAGCGUGUUUUAGUUUUAUUUUAAUAUUUAUUUAUAGUUUUUAUCAUAAUUAACAAUAAUGUCGGGAACGAAAAGGCGAAUAUUUAUCAACGGAGUGGUGAUAUCGGAAAAUAACGAGCUGGUGCGAGAAGGGGAUAAAAUUUUGUGCGAAGUCAAAGACCUGGACGACAAUUACAUAUAUCAAGCGUACUUGAAUGAAAAAUCGGUGAUGGAAUGGCAGAAUAAAAUUCUGCAUGCGGAUAAAAGUGAAGACAAUUUGGCGAAGGGAGAUUCAGGACCUUGUGAAACUGUUGCAAAAAUGUCAAGGAUCAAGAGUAAUGUCGAUUCUAACAUGAAAGGGGAAGAAGCAGGUCCUUCAGGAAUUGCAGACUUUGAGAUCUCGAGAUCCCGUAGUAAAAAAAGGCCUCAUGAUUGUGAUGAAUCGGAUGGACAAAGUGUUGCUUCUUUAACCAAAGGUGAACUACAAUGGACGCCUCAAAUGGUUCAAUUUUUUAUCGAUGCAUAUAAAGAAUUGGAAGAAAAAAAAGCUGGGAAAUUCAUCAGAAUAAGGGCUUUUAACAGUAUCGCGAAGAGGUUUAAGGAAGAAUUGAACAUGAAUUUAACGGCUCAACAAUUAGAAUCAAAAUUGAAAGGCCUUCAAAACACUUACAAAAACCAAUUGUUGAUGAAGAAACAAACUGGUGGGGGACGAAAUGACUGGCAGCAUUUUGAAGUCAUGAACGAAUUCAUGUACAAAAAGCCGCAAAUUACACCAGUGUCAACAACAUCAAAUUUGAAUGGUUUCAAACCCAAAGAAUCUUCACAGUCCGACAGUGAUAGCUCCAUCGAAGGAAAACAGAAAUCGAAAAAAACCAAAGGGAAGCGGCGAAAAAGACAAAGCUCUCCAACUUUUCAGCAGAAAAUGGUGAAUUUAAUCGGAGGACACCACGAGAAGCAAGAAAAAUCGUUAGAAAAGUUUAAUAAUACUUUUGAGAGGUAUGUUAAUAUUCUCGACGGAAUGAAGAAAUAAAUCUUCGUCUUUGUCUUCCGACAUCUAUUUUCAUUCAUAUUUCGUUGCCUAUAAAUUUGGCCAUAAAUUUAAUCUAUUUUUAUAUUUCAUUCGUUAACUUCGUAUUUUUUUGUCGUCUUAUUAUUCUUAACAAAACGUUCCAUGCUGUGUUAUAUCUAAAUAUGUAUGUGAUAAUACUGUGAUUUUAAAGGGCCAGUCCAUUAAAUUUCAUUUAAGGUUAGAAAACGUAAUUUUAGAAUAUAAUAAUAGAAUCGUUCACUUCAGAAUUUGUGGGCUAAUUAUAUUUUAUAAAA